GUUUAAACUGAGAGCUUAAAGCAAGGUGAAAAUAAAAUGCCUAUAUUAGAGGCGCCUGCCGAGUACAACGAAUCCUCACCGGAGCAUUCACUGCAACCGGAGAUUCCAAUAUUAUUGGGACCGUUACCAGGACCUGCUGCACUCGCGCAGUUGCGUCCGCAUCUGCCAGAGGUGCGACUGCAACAACAACAACAACAGCAGCAGCAGCAGCAAGUGGAGCGGCAGAAUCGUCGCAUAUUGGCACGCAGAAACUCCUACGAUCGUGAUGUGCCCAUUGCGGAGGAGAAUGAGCAUUAUCCGCCCUUCGUGCACCUGCUGCCAGUUGUGUUGCCGCCACAAUUGCCCGAGCCCACGCUGGAUGAAUUGUUGCGCCGAGUUACACAACGCACGGACUUGGAGCAUGUGGAGUCAGUGCGUCUGCGUGUCAUUUCCUAUUCGAUCAGCCUAUCGCGACUCUCGCUAUUUCUGCCCAGCCUGCAGCAAUUGGAUCUUAGCGGCAGCGUGCUCAGCUCUCUGCGAGAUCUGGGCUAUGGCCUGAUGCAGCUCACCCAUCUGAACAUCAGCAAUUGUGGCCUUAACAGCUUUGACGGAACCAGUGGCCUACCUGCCAUCAGAGUGCUCAUUGCAGAUGGAAAUAUGAUACAGCGAGUGGGACCACUUUCGGAGUUAAGUCAACUACAAGUGUUGCAGGCGCGCAACAAUCGCAUCAGCGAACUGGGCUUACUCUCCUUCCUGGGCUUGUGUCCGCAGCUAAUGCAGGUGGAACUAGGCGGAAAUCCCGUCUGUCGUUUGCCACUUUAUCGUGAUACGCUGAGACGCAGUGUGCCCACGCUACAGCAGCUGGAUGGGCAACCAAUUGAUGUGAUGGACAAUGCAGAUCAAGAGGAUUCACACAGUUCGGUGUCCAGCGAAUCCGAGUCCGCAGUACGACCAGCGACGGCGCCACAACCUCAACACAGUGAAGCAGUAGCAGUACGUAAUACACGUCCAGCCAGCGCCUUAGUUUCGUUGGAUGCAGUGCGUCCUCAACGCCCGUCCAUCAGCUCUACACCUGUGGCAGGCUCUGUGUUGGGUCUGGUGCGACAGCGGCGACGACGCAGUGGCCAUGCCUGGGUAAGCUCUUCCAGCGGAUCCUCUGGCAGCUCCUCGGCGGCCUCAACGCGUGCUCCGUCGAUCAGCUCAUGCUCCUCCGCCUCCUCGUCGCACAGCAGCCUGGACAUGCAAUCUAGCAACUACACUUUCAGUGCACGUGGCACAAUCGAUUAAAGU